UCUUCCUCAUGAACCCACUCUGCUCUCAGUCGUCAUCGUGAUACCUCAGGUCACUCGCCGCCGUCCACCAUGAUCCUGUACCUGCUCUGUCCUCUUCUAAUCGCUGGUAUUAAAUCACAAACUGUCAACGUGACGGUGGAAGAGCGGAGCAGAGCAGAGAGGAACCAAACCUUCAAUGUCUCCACCGACAUUUUUCCUUCAGAAAACCUGACCGACGUGAUGAGUCGCAUUGAGAAUGAACUGGAAAAUAUCAACCAGACGCUGAUCACAGAGGACAACGAGUCGUUUCAGGACCAGGACAUGUUCCUCCCUCCCGGACGUUGUCAGAAGGACGCGCUGGUCGAAUAUGGUCACAGCAUCUGUGAAGCGAAGUUUCAUAAAGAAAUGCUGUCGAUCGGCUCAGAAAACUGGUGCCAGCUCGACAGCAUCAGCAGUCUGUACAGCGGCCUCACACAUUGUCUGGAGAGCCUGUCGGACAUAACCGGAUGCUUCUACCCAAACCCGGAAACUCAAGACCUCUUCCUCUUCGUACACUCCCGCUACUUCCAGAACUGCACCAAGGAGGAGCUGGUGUUUGAGGACGCGCCUCACUGGGUGGUGAUGGUGCUCACGCUCAUCCCCGUCAGCCUCAUCCCCUUCCUCGUCUACCUGGUGGUCUGGAAGAGCAAAGUCCAAGAGUGAGUCGUGUUCAGACGCCGACUCAGAGAAUCUGCUGUGAGUUUUUACUGAACGGGAACAAUUCAGUGAAACCUGGUUAAAUAAACUAAACAGUUAUUCUUUUA